AUGGCUGCUCGUCACUCCCAUCUUCUGUUCUUCACCUCCGUGCUGGCCCUGCUAGCCCCUCUUCUUGCUCUGCACAUUGAAAACCUGGAAAGAUUGAAAGCAAAUUUAGAUGAAAUCACUAAUCUCCAUUCAGAUGAGCCCCAUCCUGAUGGAGAUGGAGCGAACAUGCAGCAGAGCCGAGCCAGUAACCCUCAGCAGAUAGAGCACCGCAGUUGGCCCAAGGACUGCAGUGAGGUCUCUGCUGGCAGCCCCAGCGGCAUCUACGUCAUCCAGCCCACAGGACUGCACCCCAUCGUGGUGUACUGCGAAAUGAACGUGACGGACGGGGGCUGGACAGUCAUCCAGAGGAACCGGCAGAGCACGGAGAUCACCUGGGCCGAGUCCUGGAGCACCUACAAGUACGGCUUUGGGAACGUGCACACCGAGUACUGGCUGGGCACCGAGUACAUCCAUCAGAUCUCCAAGCAGAAGGUCUACCAGGUCAGGUUUGUCAUCUGGGAUGCCGCAAACAACAUCACGUUUGCAGACUACAACCUCUUCAGCCUGGAAGAUGAGUCCCACGGCUACCGGCUGAGGCUGGGAACGUACUCGGGGUUGGCAGGGGACGCCAUGACCUUAAACAGUGCUUCCAGUGUGCACGACAACAUGAAGUUCUCUGCCAAAGAUCUGGAUCAGGACACGUACAGCGGGAACUGCGCCUCCAGCUAUGGGGGCGGGUGGUGGUACUCGGCGUGUUAUUCUGUACGGCUGAACGUCAAGGGGGGCCUAACGUGGGGCAGCCUGUGCAACGGGAACUGCCAAGCUUCUGCCAUCCUCAUCAAACCAGCUUCCUACUGCUAG